AGAGAGAGAGAGAGGGAGAGAGACAGAGAGAGGGAGGGAGAGCGCAGCGUGCAGUCAUCUCCAUGUGUGUCAUUGACGGGCUCGGAUUCCAGGGCCCCAAGCGCGCAAGGGUUGGGAGACCUGGGGACAGGUGGUGCAGGAGUGCAGAGCAAAGGGGAGAAUGCGUCGCAGCACCGGUUGGGGGUUGGGUUGGUCGUUUGUUGUUGGUCGGUUCAUGUGAUUGAUUGCUUGGAGAGAGACGAGACGACGAGCAGCGCAUAGUCGAGAGUUGGCGCGGUGGUGAUCUGCGAGAAGCGAGAGCAUCGUCCCGGGAGGCCGGAGGAGCCUUGACGCCCGCACGGACAGAAGCAGCCGGGCGCGCGUGCGUGCGUGGGUUCGGACGGUGGAGGCCUUGGAGGCAGCGUGGCCCGCAGGGCGAUGGAAAUCGCACAGAGUCGCGGAGGCCGAGAUCUGAGAACGAGGCAGGCUUCGUAGACGCGGAGGAUUUUGAUCUGCGCCAGCGGGUCUCGCAUUCUUGGCGUGCCUGAUUGCGUGCGAGGCGAGGCGAUGCGCGGGCGCAGCGCGACCGAAGGCUGGACGACCGCCUGAGCGCCAGCUGCGUUGCUCGUGCGUCGCGCGCGUGAGUGCAGGCCAGGCCAGGCCAGGCGCGGAGGAGCGUCGCAGAUUUCAACAUGAAUUAUCAGUCGAGGAAGAUGAUGAAUGGUGGUUCGCACAACGAGCGUUGCAUUCUGGUGACAGGGGGCGCGGGGUACAUUGGUAGUCACACAGCAUUGCAGCUUUUGUUGGAGGGGUACAAAGUGGUGAUUAUCGACAAUCUUGACAAUUCUGAAGAGGAGGCCGUCAAGAGGGUUGUAGAACUCGCCGGCCCCAAAAAUGGGCUCAAUCUCUACUUCUACAAGGUGGAUAUCUGCAAGAAAGAUGCUUUGGAACGUUAUUUCCAGUUAUUUCGCUUCGACGCCGUCAUCCACUUUGCAGGAUUGAAAGCUGUCGGGGAGAGUGUCGCUAAGCCUUUACACUACUAUUUCAAUAACCUUGUUGGGACUCUUAACCUUCUGGAGUUGAUGGCCAAUUAUGGGUGCAAGAAGCUCGUUUUCUCAUCUUCUGCAACCGUCUAUGGUCAACCAGCAUCCGUUCCUUGCACAGAAGAUUUUCCUGUUGAAGCGAUGAACCCCUAUGGCAGAACAAAACUAUUCAUCGAGGAAAUAUCUCGUGACCUUCAAAAGGCGGACCCCGAUUGGAGAAUUAUACUGCUUCGCUACUUCAAUCCUGUCGGAGCACAUCCAAGUGGCUUAAUUGGAGAAGAUCCGAGGGGUGUUCCCAACAAUCUUAUGCCAUACGUACAGCAAGUAGCUGUUGGUAGACGAACUGAAUUGACUGUGUUUGGAAACGAUUACAAUACCAAGGACGGCACAGGGGUUAGGGACUUCAUCCACGUGCAGGAUUUAGCCACUGGUCACAGCGCCGCACUGCAGAAACUUUUUAACUGCAGUGACAUAGGUUGUACUGCUUAUAAUCUGGGCACAGGUCGUGGAACAUCAGUGUUUGAAAUGGUAGCUGCUUUCGAAAGAGCAUGUGGGAAGAAAAUACCUCUUCGGAUUGCUGAUCGGCGACCGGGAGACGCCAGUGAGGUGUAUGCUGCCACGGAGAAGGCUGAAACAGAGCUUGGCUGGAAAGCUCAAAAUGGAAUAGAUGAGAUGUGUCGCGACCAAUGGAACUGGGCCAGUAAAAAUCCGUGGGGAUAUAGACCUGCACACUCCGAUGGUACUGACAGUGAGCAGUCUUGCAGUCCGAGGGUAUCACAUAGCGUGGUGCGUGGGAAAGCUGUCACAACAUAGUUUUGACUUGUUGGUUGAGUCCUCCUAGUGUACUCUAAUUUCUCCUUUUAUGGUUCUUGCUUGACCACAUUGGGUCAAGUGAUGGAGGUAGUCAUAAUCCGGUUCCUUCCGCCUAUGCAGUGAGACAGGCUGUUAAAGAACCUCUUUAUAGCAAAGCUUAUGGCGCAAUUGCCCAUGUAGAUGUGGUGGCACAUGGCACAUCCGAGGUGCGUCACCGUGGAUGCAAUAUUAUGCCUAUGCCCAUGUGUAGAUGGUAUGAGCACUUUUACACCCAUUGUGUUUUGGAGGAGCUCAUCCAGUUAACCAUCGAGCUAUAUUUUGCCCGGGAAAAGUUGGUAGAUAGAAAGAGAGGUAGGUAAAGAGGUAAGGUAGAGCAGACAGAACUGCUGCACAUGUGUUCUCUGUAACAAGGUGCACUGUGAUUUAUUCACUGUACAGCAUAAAACCCUCUUGUUCCUCCGGAGCCCAGGUGGGAAAUGCAUAGAGCUUCACACAGCAGAGUGUAUGGAAAUGGAAACUUGCUCGGAUUGGAGCGGAAAUUUAAAUAAGUUAAAUUAUCCCAUGAACCGCUGCUUCCUCUUUAUGGGACUGAUGGGUUCUUGUAGGGAGAUCUGAAAUUUUAGACUUGACCAUCCGUUAGCAGCAGACCUUGGUGGUCAAGGGAUGCCCAGUCAAGGGAUCCUCGUAGGAUCUCCUUCGUCCACAUGUUAUUUAAUAUCUUGUGCUCGCGCUAAGCAGACUUCAGCAUGGGCAAGAUACCCCAGGUAUUCAGGCAGGUUUAGGUCGGACCCAAUAUUUCUUGCAAGAACUAGAGGCCGAUGGUCUAGCUUGAAGAUGUCCAUCUCAAUGGAUUGUAUUAUCUUCAUAGCAGUCUGUAUGCUCUGAGUUACACUUCAGGUUUAGGAUACUUAGUGAGUUUAUAGUGCCACCUGUUUCUUCAUUUUAAUUUAUUUCUGUUUUCAGUAAUUUCCGUCCUUACGUUUUCGGAAACAGUGAAGGUCCGAUUAUCCGUCGAAGGUCGUUUGAGAUUUCGACGAGUAUUGAACUUGUACCGUGUACAGCAUUCGGUCAAUGAACUGGAUUUAUCGGCCCAAUAUAUUUUAUGUUGCUGAAAGCGUUUUGAAUCUUUGUUAUGGCCUGGUGUUUUAUCAUCUUACUUCAUCACGCAGAUAUCCUCCUUUUAACGAGGUAAUUGACGGAUUAGAGAUAUAUUCACAACGAGUGUUUAUGGCUGGCGGGUACACUGCUUGCAAUUUGGUAAUGUCAUCCUUCCGAUCAAGAAUGAUGUUUCUACGUCUGUUGGAAAGUCUGUGAAUUUCUUAGAAGAAAUGACGUUGUGUCGUUUUGAAUAAUGGAAAUGAAAAACUCGUAGCACAUCGGAUCCGAAAGGUGUUUCGUAACACUUCAGUCCUACGAAAAAAGUGGAAAAGAGGAAAGUG